AUGACUGCAUUAGAAAUAAUGGAUCCAAAAAUGGAUGGUGGUAUGUCAAUUAAAAAUCAUUUUCAUCAACAAUCACAAUCACAAGAAAAAAAUUUAACACUAACCAUCGCUCAAUUAAUCGAUCGAAAACAAUUAAAAAUUGAAAACUUUUCUAAUUUAGAAUUAGUCUAUAUUUUUGAUCAACUAUUAUCAUCAUUUCAUAUGUGGUUAGAUGGUCAUAGUCUAGCGUUAACCGUUUUUACAUGUUUAUAUUUACAUGAGCCACAUAUGAUCAAAGAUAAUAUAUUACGAACAAUGGCUAUUGCCUAUUUGAAACUAAUUGAUUAUAUACGAGAUCGAAUUAUAUUGAAAGUUGGAAUCUAUGAAGAAGAAGACUUUAGUGGAACAUUGAUAUAUAAUUUUAAAUUUUAUCAAGAUUCAAUUAAAGAACAACAAUGUAUUAAUGAUAUGAAAAAAUGUGAAGGUGAUCUAGCAAAAUAUUAUAGAAAAUUACGUCAUUUGUCUGAGACAACAGAUGUUAGUCAAGAUAUGCUUUAUACACAACAAUUAACAAUUAGAAUGAAAUUUUUAAGACAAUUCUAUCAAAUAUGUUUAAAAUUUAAUUAUGUAAGUCAAACGGGUGAACAAACACAAUUGAAUGGAGAAGAAAUAUUAAAACUGUUAAAACAAACAACGGAAUGUUUACAAACAAUACAGCCAACAGUAUUAAUCAAUGAUCAAGAAACAGAUACUACAGAUAAUAAAACAACAAUCGUUAAUGAUCAAAAACUUGAUACAAAUUCAUCGGCUAGCAGUCCACUUGAAGAACAAACGAAGUCAGUACAAUCUGAUUUAUCAACUACAAUACUUUCCAUCUCUCCAUCAUCGAUUGUUGAUUUAGAAUAUACAUUUGAUCCAUAUUACAAUUAUCGUCAAUUACCACCAGCUUUCAAUCGUUUUAUACGCUAUUUAGUACCGUCAACAAUUGUUUAUAAAACAUUUAAUGAACUAUGUGAACAUAUUCUAAAACUAUUAGAAAUAACUGAUAAAAAAACAUUACAAUUAUCAUAUGAAUAUUUUAUUGAAUAUUCAACAUAUUAUAAACCUACACUUUUUAUUCGUUCUCUACUACUUUUGAGUUAUUUACCGUCUGCUCAAGGCCAACUAUUAUCUGGACGUAAAAUAUUUGGUCAAUUUGUAUUUAGUGACUAUAUUAAACUAGAAAUGAAAUCAUUUAUUCUUCCACCUAUAUUCGCAUUAAAAUAUAUUCAAAUUGAUCAGACUACCUAUGAUAUUAUUGAAAAUUUUUUUCAACGAUCGGCUGUGCCAUUUUCAGAUUUAUUCUAUUCUCUAUGUAAUAAUCGUGCACGAACGCGAGAAAAAUUAUCAAAUUUAUUAGAAGAAUUUAGUGUAUUACAAGAUGCAAGUGAAAAAUUAGAUAAUUGGUUACAAAAAUUUAUGUUAAAUAUAUUUGAACAACAAACAAUAAAUAACAAUCAAGUGAUAACGACAAUUGAAAAGACAUCAUAUUUUUUAAAUUUUAUUCUUCAUUGGACACUAAGCAUUAUGGAAUAUUAUAUUUAUUUAGGAUUUGAAUUAGAUUUAUAUUCAAAACGUGAAUUAUACGAUCUUUAUUUUUAUCUUGCACAAAUUAUUCUAUUUACACAUAUAACCGUUUAUACACGAGCUGAUUAUAUUCUAACAAAUACAGAAGUAUUUUUUCAACAAUUAAAUAAUCCGACAACAGUGACAACUGGUAAAAAACAACAAAAAUUACAAAUCUCAAAUCGCUUUAUACGUCAAUUAAUCGAUAAUAAUCCUCAAAUGAGUGGUGAUAUAUUAAAUAUAUCAACAUCAUCAUCAUCUUCCUCUGACAUCACUUCAACAAAUUCAAUUACAAAUGUUGACAAUCAAAAAAAAUCAAAACGAAAACAACAAAUAACAACAAAUGGAACAGUACCACCUACAGCAAUGAAUGGAAUCUAUAGUAAUAACAAUCAGCAUUCGUCUCAUUAUGAAAAUGAACUCAAUGUAUUACAAGGACAUUUUUCAAUGUGUACAGCAUUACAUCGAUGUUUAAAAGCAUUAGAAAUGGAUGGACGGUUAAAGUUUAAGAAAACAAAAGAUGCCAGUAGUGAUUUAACACCAUCACCAUAUUUUUUAAAAGAUGAAGUUCGUUAUCAUCAUCGUUUUAUGGCAUUUAGUAAUUUAUGUGCACCACACUAUAUGAAAUAUCAUGAUUUUAAAAAUAUUCAACAUUUAUGUGAUAGUCGUCAUGGCGUCAAUAAUUUGUAUCAAGAUUCUGUUGCUCAUUUUCAACAAGCAAAAACCUAUUUUGAAACAUAUCUUAAUCGGAUAACAUUAAAACAUUCAUCAUCUAAAACACCCUUAAAUCGUACAUUUACAAUUGGUUUUACAUCUGUGCAAAAUGUUGAAUCUUAUAUUAAAGUAGCUAUAAAAAAUAUGAUUGUUGUACGGCUGUUGGCUGCCGGUCAUAAAAGAGGUGAAAUUAUUGAUUUUGAUUUUAAUAUAAGUUCACAUUAUCCAAUAUUAAAACUGUGA